AUGCCCUCCGUAACCCUACCGCUUCUUUCCCCCACCACAACCACCACCGACACCCCGCCCCCCACGCCCAAAAAGGCGCCCAAAAAGCUCCGACGCAAGAAUCCCCCGCCAUCGCUCACCACCACCGGUGCGCACCAGCGCCUUCCCUCAUCCGCCGGCUCAUCAACAUAUUCACGGCCCUCGUCGAGCAAAUCCAACCCCCCGGACCACCAAACAUGGACAGCGUCUCACCCAGCCUCCCACCAGCAGGGAAGGAGAGGUAGCGAACCGCGCGCUGGCGAUUGGUCGGCGCGGACGGCAGAAUUCCCUGUUGGGCCUCUACCUGCCCUCCCGGCGCCGGUAGCGGCAGCUCUGUACUCGGGACUGGUGACGCCCCCGCCCGAAUCGGAGCUUCGGCAGGGGGGCAGGCAGAUUCAGGUGGAGGUUCAGGUCCAGAUGCAGGGUCAGCAGAGUCAGAGUCAGAAUCAGAAUCAGAAUCCUGGGGCAUCACCGAGAUCGGUAUCCUCCGUGUACAGCUCACCACCUGCGUCGUCGAACCAGGAACACUUCCCAGUGAAUGUCCAACAGCAGCCCCCGCAGACACCGAAGACACCGCAGCCCCCACAGGUUAUAAUAAGGGGCAAGGGCAGGGACGCGUUCAAGGCCUUCUCGUACGACUCGUACAAUAGCCCGUCGGCCCUUCCCUCGACCUCAUUACCAGCUUCACACGACCUUCCUCCUCCUCCACCGCUUCCUCAGGUAUCGUACGUCCCCAACGCGCAGCAUCCGAAUACUCUGUUUGCAUCAGCGUCGACGCCGCCGCCGGCUAACAACCAUAAUACUACCACCACCACCACCACCACCACUACUACUACUAAUAAUAUGCACUCGCGAUCCAAGACGCUCCCGUCGAACCUGGACCUGACAGAUCUGGCGCCGCCGCCAAGAAUCCAGGCGCGUACGCCCGGCGGGACGCCGAUCCUGCCACCGCUACCGUCGUUCCAGUCUGGCGGGUUUGGAUUCGAUCUGCCGGGCGCCGCUGCCGCCGCCGCUACUAACAAUGCUAUUAAUAAGAACGGCAACACCGCGCACCACCAACAGCCAAAGGCACCGCCGACAUCUUCUGGGCGCCAAAAGUACCGCCCCACGUCGCUCCCGUCCCCGACGGCGCCGCCAGUCCCGGAUCGGAAGCGCCCGUCAAUGUACUUCCACCCCGAGCCAGCGCCAGCACCAGGGGGGGAGCCGGCAGAGCAGGGAGAGUACAUCUGCCACGCGAUAACGGCGGAGGAGCCGAUCCCGCUGCCGUCAUCGUCGACGGAGCACACGCCGUCGCCGUCGCCGCCGACGGCGAGCGAGGAGUUUGGGCAGCAGCAGCACCAGGCGCCGGCGAAGGGGCGGGUGAGGAGGAAGUCGGACGCGGUGAGCUCGUUCCUGGGCGGGUGGAAGCUGACGAUGAUGGGCGGCGGGAACUCAUCGUCGACGGCGCGGAACGAGAAGGCGCUGAGUAGCGGGAGCGAGAGCGAUGUGUCGCCGGUGGGCGUGGGCGAUGGUGGCGGGUGGAUUCAUAGGAGGAAGGGCAGCUUUUCGAGUACGAGGCCGCCGAGUAGGGAGAAGUCGAAGCACGGUGCGUAUGCGCAGGAGUAUAGGGAGCUUAGGGCGCAGAAGGCGGCGGAGAGUGCUACGGCGACAACAACGACGCCGACGUCGUUAAAGAGGGCGUCGCAUGUUGCGUCGAGGGAGGGGAGUGCGCCAGCUAGUCCGGUGGAGGGUACGGGGGUCAGUGGGAUUCUAGGAGGGAUGGCGGCAAGGGAGCGGGCUGCGGAGAAGGCAAAAGAGGGGAGGAGGGCAAGAAGGGAGAGUGCUGGGUAUGUGUCGUCGUCCUCGGACAACAGCACGCUGCCACCAGUGCCGGUGGUGGACCCGAGUAAGAUUGCGUCGGCGGCCAGUGAGGUUGUGAGUUUGGAUGUUGCGGUAAGACAGAUGCAGCUGCUGGAGAGCCAAUUAAAGAAAGGGCGCCCAUUGAGUCCGCCAGACUCAAGAGACGGUGAGAAGUCGGAGAGCGAUAGAGGAUACCAGGCGAGCUCUGAAUAUAGCCAGACCACCACCGCUGCUACAAACUCACGCCAGGGAUCCGCAGACAGCUCGCAGCAGAACUCGGGCUCGUCGUCGCCGGCGGGGAGCAUCGACCAGAAGUUUCAGGUUCUCCCUGCACCACCACAGGCAUCGUCCUCAAAGCAGCAACAGAUCUCAGACUCAACAGGGAAAGGCAAGUCGCGCUCCCCGCUCCGCAACGAAAUCGACUCUGAGAGCGUUUCAAGCGACGAGAAGAAGAAGCUGGAGCGGCCAAAGAGCAUGGGCAAGCACUCGUCGGGCGGGUCGACAAUCGGGCAGCACCAGGACUACUUUUCGAGGCCCAAGAGCUCCGGUGCCGCGCUGGGGUCCGGGUCGGGGUCGGCGGGGUCGGGGUCGGCGGGGUCGGGGUCGGGGUCGGGGUCGAGGCCAACGACGCCCCCGAAGCCGAUUGCGAAGCUGUUUGUCAUCUGCUGUAGGUGCAAGUAUUGGCAUGAUCUGCCGAGCGUCAUGUAUAGGGGCAUGGUGGAGAAUGGAGGUGCGACGAGGUGCCCGUAUUGUUUGCAUGGGAUGGAGGUGGCGUGUUGUGCUGGGUACACUUGUGUGGUUUAUAUGCACCAGAAGCAUCAUUGA